GGACAGGGCAGAACAGAACCGAGAGAAAGAACAAAUAGGUACCCGAUACCAUCACAAUACAAUACAAGCAGUUUGUUGCCAUUAUCAUUGAACUUCAUGAAUUGGAGUUUGGCAAAGCACAAAUCAUAUUCAUUCACCAAUAGAGAAAUAAAUACGGAAACAAAGAAAUAUGCCUCGCAGGUCUAGCCAGAGCGGAGGAGACGGCGAAAUCGGGGCCAGCAGCAAAGGAAGCAGGCGAUGGAGGUCUAGGUCUCGGACCCGGUCCCGCAGCCGGGGCCGAAAGCAGAAGCUACGACAGCAGCAGCAGCAGCAAAUCGCCGGCGACACCUAUUACCAAGCCCCCCCCGAUCACAUAGAGGCCAACGGCAGCGAGUUCGCCUACGUGACAUCCCCUCCCCCCGUCCCGAAAGCGGGUCUUACGGGAAACAUUUCGAGCCUCUUUCGGAAGUCGUUCAAGCGGGGAAGCAGCGGCGGCGAGCGGCACACGAACGAAGCUUCGGCGCACCCGCAGAGCCACCAGCAGCAGUACCACCAGCACCGGAUCUACACCCCGCCAGUAGAGGCGGGCGGUUCUGCCCACAGCCCCUCCGCGUACGACCCGAACAACAGCAACCACAGCAGCGGAAUCCAAAUGCUCGGUUCCUCCGCUUCGCAACAGCAAGAACAACAAAAACAGCGAUCGUCGCGGUUCGGCAUCGGAGGCAAGAAGAAAGGGCGAAAGAGUGACCGCUCCAACAACAACAGUGGCAGCGAAAAUCACUACCCGGGCGCCGGUUCCGGCUAUAGCAUGAGUGGCGGUCGCAGCGUUGCCAGCGGGACCAAUUCGCGCCUGUUCUAUUCGAAUGCCGACGACGAUUCCGACUCGGAGGAUUCCUUCGACGAACGGAGCCGGAGCAGUCGGGUUCGAUCGGCAUCGACCAAAAACACGUUCACCACCGGAGAUGGAUACAACACCUCGGGCGUGGACGAGUCGUUUCUGACUGAUGGAAGCGGGUCUUUGUCGAGAUCGCAAUCGCAAUCGUCUCGAUACAGCCAUUCGUCCAAAAAGAAGUCGAAGCGGCAUUCCACGAAAAGAGACGACGAGGACGAAGAAAUACCAAGCACCACCAUUUUGAGAUAUCGCGGGUUUUCCACCAGCAUCAAGAACCUUUUUUUGGACGAAGCGCUAGUGUGUGCUAGCAUGGGGUGUUUCGGGCUUAUUCUUUCGAAUCGGACGGAAUUCCUCUUGCAACUACGAAACGAUCGCCGGGGCGUCCAAUGGGGACGCAAUGCCAACCGACAAACGCUUCCUAGUAGGAUUGUGGCGUAUGCACUGCUGCUAACCUUGCUCCUCAUCGGGUUCACCUUUGUCAUUUGGGGGUUCGGGAGCAACUCGGAUAACAAGAAACCCUUUGCCUUUAACAAUGGCUCGUACAAUAAGGGUGGCAGCAGUAGCAGUAGCGCAAACAACAACAACUACGACAAUGCCAAUGACGACGCGAACUAUAAUAACUACAAUAAUGACGACGGAGGAUACAACGGCGACGAUGCAAACGCAAACGGCGAUUACAAUUACAACAACAACAACGAUGAUGAUGAUGAUGAUGAUGAUGCCAACGGUAGACGCCAGCUUGGAGGAUCUCCUGGCGAUCGAAAGCAGCAAAAGCAUUGUGUGAACGGAAUUUUUAAGAUUCGCGACAUGAAGGAGUCAAUUUGGGAGCCGGCGAUCGACUUUUUGAGCGAUGAAUGGUACCGCCCCUAUCAGGAACAACAGGUGGAGAGACAACGACAAAAUCGACGACAGAACCACGAAAUAUCUGGUCAUAAUCAUUGGAUGUUUCGACGUGAUCUCGAGAAUUAUGCAGACGACAACUACAACACCAACGAUGACUUCUCUUCCUUAUCCGCGACUUCGUCGUCGCGAGAUGUGGCUUCGGAUCUACGACUUUCGUUUAUCUUUGCAUUUUUGAUCGUACUGGGAGUUCUCGGUCGUCGCCGUCGCAUGAGGACUAGGUACUAUAUUGUUCGAGCCAGAGCACAAGAAGACCACCUCUUCUAUGCCUCGUCGGGCAGCGGUAUCAAACGUGUCGGCUUCCAAGAUUCGCGUGAAGAUCAAUACGAGGGUGCAUGCAGCCAUACUCUUUGCGGAUGUUACCCGACAGAUCCGCCACGAGAAGGAGAUGAGAUCGAAGACGAAGUCCAGGUCAACGACGAUGGUGUCAGCCAACGGAAGAAGAAACCGCACAACGAAGAUUUUGUAGGUCGAGGUUUCAACUGUAUUUUAGGCAUGUGCUGCGGAGUCGUCUGUAGAUGCUGGUUUCAGUGUCUCAGUAUCUGUGCUCUGGCACAGGAGGCCAGAGAAAUGCGCCUUUUGGUACCAACGCGAUUCCAACGAGUUGAUUACAUAACCCACCAACCGUUUCACGACUAUCAGAAGGAAGUUAUUGAUCUGAGGCGGGGAUGGAUGGGAAAGACGCGCAAAAAGUCGGGCAUUAUGCCUCAUUUCAACGCGCUUAGCCGACUUUCUCGACACAUAUUGGUUCUUUCGAUUUCAUUAACAGUGAUAAUUGGCGCGACUCUGUUUUUGAACCCUCUAGCUUCAUUCUCGUGGCCUGAUGUGAUAAUCCUAUCUGCUACAUUCCUUCAAUCCUUUUUGGUCAUAUGGAUUGUUCAUUGGAUAUUUCACAAGAGUGAUCUAAGUCUGGAUGCUGUUAUCAAAUUCUUCGCAGCAGGAUUUGUGAUUGCUGUUCCUUCUGCCUUUUUCUUCGAGGGACUUUUGGUCAACAUUACUCUCAGCACGGCCUAUUUUGGUUAUGGUCUGGGGCAAUUCAUGGGCGGAGACACCUUCGUGGAGUGGGUUUCCCAGCAGUAUCAAGUUUUUUGGAUCCUCGUUGAGAUUUUCAACGCAUAUAUUGUCGCCGCAGUCACAGAGGAGCUGUGUAAGUACUACACAUUCCGUUGUGUGGAGCACCCCGAUUUAAUUUUUUUGACGGGUUUGGUUUCGAACACUCAAGACGAACGCGCCCUCGAGGGUGGUGUAGUGAAAUAUCCAUUCAGUUCUCAUCAAGUCCAACAGACUAACGCAAAGAAUCCAUACGAUGACGACGCUUCGCAUUAUUCGAGGAGCUCUCACCGCAGCAAGAGCUCGGGGAGAAAUACUGGUCUUGAUCCAAACGAGGACGACUUUGAGGAAGAUGAUCAAGAUGUUCGAACACAUAGGCAAAAGGCUGCUGCCGUCACCACGGCCAUGAUAAGCGUGGCGGUAGGUCUAGCAUGCGCCGAAAAUUUCUUGUACGUCUUCUUGUUAGGCGGAACGGGUGCUGGCGUAAGCGAUGAUGGAUCUUCGGCUAUGGAUGGGUAUCUCCAGGAAUGGAUAGUGUUAUUAUUCCGUUCAAUUUUUCCCGUACACGCCCUGGCGGCCGCAAUGCAGAGCGUCAACAUGAUUCGAAAAUUUGUUGAGGCUCAAGACGUCAAUGGUCAUCGAAUUGGUGUUGGUCGAAUCAUUCUUCCAGCAGUGAUCAUGCAUGGAACCUUCGAUGCUAUUCUACUGGGAAUAAAUAUCUUCAUCGAAACUUCAUGGGACGAAUAUUUGGAGGCUAACGGUGGCAAUAUUGACGAUGAAAACGCAACUCCAUACAGCCCCUUUGUGGUUAACGUUGUAGCUUGGUUGAGUAUAACUCUAGUCAUGUUAUCCGGUUUUCUUUGGUACUACAAAGAGAAUCGAAGCCAGAGGCUACGGCUGAUUGAGUUAGAAGAACAAGAAAAAGCAAAUCUGGUGGGGACUUCCGGGUACACAAGCCCAAGAGCUCCUCAUGUGUCCGAGGUCGAGCUCGUGUGAAGUUGGAAUGAAAUACUGAAAGCGACAGGACAGAUCGCUUUUUAAAUCACAAGAUAUCGCCAAUCAAUGUCAUGAGACGAUUUCACUGAAACAAAUUAAAAUAAAUUUAUGUCU